AAUAACUUGGAAAAACCGGUCUAUUCCUCUCUUUUUCUAAUUGUCUUGCAGGAAGAAGAUCAAGACCACUUAAUUUAGUUAUUUCAAUGAGGAAAGAGGAGAACUCUCUUUAUGAUAAUUUACUGGAUGUUGAAUGAAGAUUGGUGGACAGAAAAGAAGAGAGGAAGUUAUUACUGAGAAUGGGCAACAAGGAGUGCAAGGAGUUGAAGAAGAGGGAGGAAUCAAUGUUGAAGAACGGGAGCUUGUUAUUAGAGAAGCUGAUUUCCAAUUUCAAUGGAAAGUAUUCAAAUCCAAUUCGAAUCUUCUCGGCCAAGGAGCUUCAAAAAGCAGCCGGCAAUUAUAGCGGUAAUCUGGUUUUCAAUCAUGAUGAAUUGUGCAAUUCCAAAUGGUAUAAUGGUUUCUUAGAAGGUCAAGUGAUUUCAGUUAGAAGGUAUUUUGGUGUGUUAUAUACUGAAUAUGUUAUCAAUGAAUUUUGUUUGGUCGCACAAAUCAGCGCCCAAAAGAGUGUUCUAAAGCUGUUAGGGUGUUGUUUAGGAACCGAAAUUCCCAUUUUAGUAUAUGAAUUUCCAGCAAAUAGGAAUCUCAAUCUUUUAUUAUCAUGGAAGAAUAGAUUGAAGAUUGGGUAUGAGAUUGCUAGUGUAAUGGCUUAUCUGCAUACUGCAUUUCCUAGACCCAUCAUUCAUAGGGAUAUAAACCCUUACCAUUUCUUUCUUGACCAAGAUUGUGUUGCUAAGCUGUCUUCUUUCUUAUUCUCUAUAUCACUCCCCGAGGGCAAAACAAUGGUGAAGGAUAAAGAUUUUGGGAGUCUAGGGUACUUAGCACCUGAGCUAUUAUCUUCAGGAUUGUAUUCAGAGAGAACCGAUGUUUUUUAAUUUUGGUAUACUUCUGCUUAACCUUUUAAGCGGAAGCAGAACUUGUUUUACCCUUUCUCAAGAUGAUGCCGAUGAGUAUUUGUCUCUAAGUUUAAGUGGAAGAGCCUGUCUUACCCAUUCUAAAGAUGCUAAGGAUGCCUAUGAGUAUUUGUCUGCAGUGGAUGACAUAGGACUCCAUGUCAAGAACCAUGGGAUUGAUGGGAUUGGGGAUCCUAUGAUUUUAGAGGAGGGAGGAGGAAUCCAUGAGCAACAUCAAUUCCAACUUGUUCUUAGGAGCUGUGAGAUAAACGCAGAAAAGAGACCAACUAUGACAGAAGCUGCAUUAGAGCCCAAGCGAAUUCAGAGGCUCUAAUUCUUUCCUUAGGUACGCCAACCAUUGGGUGCAAUGUUACUUUCAGCGGUUUGUCUUGUAACUGCACUGGUAUUUAAUGAUU